AGCUUUUUCAUAAUUCUAUUUCUCUGCCACAAUAAAAAUAUUGCUAUUUUUCAUCAGUCUCUCUUCUGAAUUUGUUGCGUUUUCAAACAUGAAUACUCCACUAGUGGAUUUUCGCGUAACUCAGUCUAGAAUUCUUUCUCCAUCAGAAGGGAACGGAAACUCAGUCACCAUGAUCAUCGACACAAAAUUUUAUGAUGUCCGUGAAAACCCAACGACCGGUCGUCGAUUCUUUAUUGGCCGGUCCACUUUGGUUUAUCCACCAGUUUACAUCAAUAUCAAUCUCCUUAGUUCAAGUCCCAGCAACAUCUUCCAACAACUUCUCUGGGAACAAGGGAUUCAAGAUACUAACCGUCUUUACUUAUUAUCAUAUUUAGCCAAAAAGAUCUCGACGGCUGCAAUCUCAUUAGGUUAUGGACGCAACGGUUUCGUCAUGGAAAUCUACUGCAAAGUUUUUUACGAGAACGUCGUGGUUAGGUCUGAUCACACUUCUCGAGACGAGUUGUUAUCAUCGAAGGCUUUCUUGUUGAGGUUGGUUCGAUUAGGGAGUGUCGGAUAUACAGAGGAAACCAAGGGUUUGAAGAUGGAAACAGAGCCCGAGCCGUGUUCUAUCUGUCUCGACAAUCUCAUCUCCCGUGAUUCGAACUCGAAACGUGGUGUCCCUACACGCAUGACCUGUUCCCAUGUCUUCCACGAUGGUUGUCUGUUGGAGUGGCUUCAACGCAAAAACACUUGCCCCUUGUGUCGCACUGUGCUGUACGAUCGGUCUACUAUUUUGAACAAUGGGGAUUGAAGUUAAGGCUUCGAAGAGAAAAUUAGAUGUCGUAGUUCCUAAAAUCGAAUGUAAUUUUGGUUUUUUUUUUCUUUUAUUUUAGGGUUUUGAGUCGAUUCUGAGAGUGUGUUGUUCGAAUGUAAUUUUGGUUUUUUUUUUCUUUUGUUUUAG